AUGUCACGGAACUGGCAGAGGUCAGGGAGACAGGAAGUGGUUGCAUGUGACACUGAGAGCUAGGUUCUCUUUUCAACAUGUCGGCGGUACGUGCGGCUGUCCACGCGAAAUGGGUUAUAGGAAAAGUAAUAGGGACGAAGAUGAGGAAGACUGCAAAAGUCCGAGUGACGCGGAUGGUGCUGGACAGCUAUUUGUUAAAGUAUUACAAUAAGAGGAAAACCUAUUUUGCCCAUGACGCGCUGGAGCAAUGCACAUUAGGGGAUAUCGUGCUGCUGAAAGCUUUGCCCGAGAGGAGAUCCAAGCAUGUGAAGCAUGAGCUAGCCGAAAUUGUUUACAAAGUGGGCAGAGUGGUGGAUCCUCUGACCGGAAAGCUGUGCGCGGGCACCGAAUUUCUAGAAAGUCCAACAGAAGUUAAUGUUGCGGAGCUGAACGACCAACUGGGGAAUCUGGAAAUUUCAGGAGAGCCAAAAGCAGAGAAGAAUGUGGAUCCUUGAGAACAUUAUCACGUGACUUUAAUACCUGUUUCACCUAAGCUACAAGCGGCAGACUGGCCUCAGGACCCAGCCUCGUGUUAUUUGCCUCCGUAGAAGUAGCCUUUGUGUACUCGAUCUUUAGCUGGCUUGUGCAAAGGCGCUGAUGUGAAUUUGUGGUCGUUUUGUGUGCCGUGGUGCAUUUUGGCCGUGCACGCAAAAAAUGAGUGAUGUUAAAUGGCACUUCAUACACCGUAUAAAUGUUUCUGUGACUCAAUAAAUCUGUAGCCUCUUAUUUCUAAA